AGUGAUGCCAAUGAGAUGACACCAAGUGAGCCAACUGGCAAAUGGCGCUACAUGUCUUUUAAUCGACUGAAAAAAAGGAAUCCACAUCUUAAAACACUUUUGGCAGUUGGUGGCUUUGAAAGUAUGGCACAAAAGUUUCGAACAAUGGUGUCAACAAAAGCAAACAGACAAAAGUUCAUCAAAUCUUCUGUCACUCUGCUGAGAUCUUCUGGAUUUGAUGGACUGAACCUCGACUGGAGGUUUCCAAGAGGAGAUGGAACAGAUCAGCACGAUAAGCACAGAUUCACACUAUUGUGCCAGGAACUCAAAGAGGCCUUUGAAGCUGAUGCAACAGAAACUCAUCGUCCCGUAUUAAUGGUUACUGCUACUGUGGCUGCUGAGAAAAGCCUAAUCGAUACUGGUUACAUGGUUCCAGAGAUUUCCAAGUACCUGGAUUUCAUUAACGUCAAGACAUUUGACUAUCAUGGACCAUGGGAAAAUGUCACUGGACAUCACAGCCCGUUACACAAAGGACCUAAAGACACUGGAGCCCACAUUUAUUCGAACACUGACUAUGCCAUGAAGUACUGGCAGGAGCAGGGAUCAUGUACAGAACAGCUAAAUAUGGGGAUAGCUGCAUAUGGACGAGCUUUCAGCCUCUCUUGUGAAUCCACUAACGUCGGAACCAAAACCAGUGGUCCUGCAGAAGAAGGCUGUUACACCAAUGAGCCGGGCUUCUGGAGCUAUUAUGAGAUUUGCCUUUAUCUUGAGGGAGUUUCAGUCCAGUGGAUUGAGGAUCAGAAAGUUCCAUAUGCCACCACAGAAAUGCAGUGGAUUGGAUUUGACAACAAAGAGAGCAUCAGUGCUAAGGUCAAUUACCUAAAAAGAAACCGCAUUGGUGGAGUCUUUGUUUGGGCACUAGACCUGGAUGACUUCAAGGGAGAGUUCUGUGAGCAAGGCAGAUACCCACUAAUCAAGCACCUGCACGAUCUCCUGAUUCCAGGUUAUCCUGGUUUAACGCCCCCUUGUCCAACAGAAGAGACUUCUACAAUCAGAAACCAGAACACUGAACAUGAGGCAACUACACCUACUUCAAGAAACACACCUGCUAACGCAACCAGAACCACUUCUCCUUCCACAAACACGGAGACCAGCACAACGUCAAGUGGACAUGCUGCCACAAGUACGAGCACUGCUGCAACUACAUCCACUACCACAGCACCACCGACUACAGCCACACUCAAAAUGAGGACAACACCUACUGCCACAGCUACAACUGCACCCACAACCACCUCCACAUCAAGAAUCACAACAUUUAAAUAUAAUCCCACCACAACUACACCAAUCAUCACAACUACAACCAUACACACUACCGCAAAAAACACAAAUGCAGCCCCACAGACUAACAGAAUGACAGCCACACCCAGCACUACAACUGCAACCACAACAACCACAGCCAUCCUCAUACAAAAAACUAAAGCUUUUGCAACAACCACAACCACUACUACAGCAAUACCGCUUUCAAUGACAAAUGUGAAUGCUGAAACACAACAUGACAGAUACAGUGACAGUAAAUCUGGCAAUGACUCCAAUUCCAACUCAGGCAAGAAUGAUGCAACAGUUUCAAACAGACCCACCACCACAGCUACAACAAUCACCACACCCGCUACCACAAUCACUGCUACAGUGACACCAACGUUACUGACGAAUAUGAACUCUGACAAAAACAAUGACAAUGACAGUGUCGAGGACAACAGAUGUGAAGAUGACACCAAAGAUGACUCUGACACACAGUCUGAAGAAGACUGUGAUGAUGCUUGUGAUGAUUCUGACAAUGAUUCCGCAGAUUCAAAUACAACCACCACUGCAACCACACAUAGUGCCACACCAACAACCACACUCACUACUACACCUACACCCACAACCACAAUCACAAAUAUGAACUCUGAGGAAAGCAGUGAAGGUCCGUGUGAUGACACUGAAGAUGACUCCGACACAAAGUCUGAAGAAGACUGUGACGAUGCUUGCAAUGAUUCUGACGAUGAUUCCACAGAUUCAAACACAACCAUCACCACAAUGACACAUAGUGCCACGCCAACAACCACACUCACUACUACACCUACACCCACAACCACAAUCACAAAUAUGAACUCUGAGGAAAGCAGUGACGGUCCGUGUGAUGACACUGAAGAUGACUCCGACACAAAGUCUGAAGAAGACUGUGACGAUGCUUGUAAUGAUUCUGACGAUGAUUCCACAGAUUCAAACACAACCAUCACCGCAACCACACAUAGUGCCACGCCAACAACCACACUCACUACAACACCUACACCCACAACCACAAUCACAAAUAUGAACUCUGAGGAAAGCAGUGAUGGUCCUUGUGAUGACACUGAAGAUGACUCCGACACACAGUCUGAAGAAGACUGUGAUGAUGCUUGCGAUGAUUCUGAUGAUGAUUCCACCAUUUCAAACACACCAACCACUGCAACCACAGUUACUGCUACGCCAACAACUAAUCCAUACAACCACCCAAAAUACAAAUACUCCAAUGACGACAACAACAACAACAGCUAUCAACACAUCCACUGCUGCUCCCACACCUAA